CUCCGGACAGACAGUAGUCCAUAGCAACUUGCCAACAAUUAAUCCACAACUAAUUCAUGACCGUCAUUCAAAAUGGGUGGUGACUACGCUCAAAGCUGGAAAGAUUGGGAGGCAGCCUCUGGAGGUCGUGCUAUCCUCCAUGGCUCACCAGCAGAGAUCAGAGGCAUGGUCGAUGGUCUUAUGCAAGCUCUCACGCCAAUGAUGCCUCCUUUCACAGAGGCUGUUGACGUUAAGGAAGGCGAUGUCGAUGGAAUCAAGUACAGGAUCUACACUCCCAAGGCCAAGAGUGGGCCUUUCCCAACAGCAAUAUGGACACACGAGGGUGGCUACAUGACCGGAGAUCUCGACUCCGAUCACCUCAUUUGCGGCUUGGUUUCUGAGCACACCAAUUCUGCCGUGGUCAAUAUUGACUACAGACUCGCUCCAGAGUUCCAAUGGCCAACGCAGCUCGAGGAUAGCAUGAAGGUGUACAAAUGGGCUCAUGCCAACGCCUCAUCAUUCGGUGGCGAUCCCAACAAGUUCUACACUGCUGGUGGUUCCGCAGGCGGCGCUCUCGCUUUCCAAAUUGCCAACCAAGUUGUCCAAGAUCCGGAAUUGAAAGACAGCAUCAAGGGCAUAGUCGCCAUGGUACCUGCAACUACGCACUGGGAUAGCAUUCCCGAGAAGUACAAGUCCAAGCACAAGUCUUACGAGGAAAACAAGGAAGGCACUCCAAUCAUCGAUAAGAAGAGCAUGGAAAUCUUCUUCGAGCACCUUGGACCGAAGGCCGAUCCGAAUGAUCCUAACGUGUUCACUAUCCUCGCUACCGACAAUCAUGCAAAGUAUCCACCCACCUAUCUCACCUCCUGCGAAUUCGACCCUCUUCGCGACGACGCCUACAUCAUGGAGGAGGCACUGAAGGAGGCCGGUGUUCCGGUCAAGCACGAUCAUUACAAGGGCAUGCCGCACUACUUUUGGAUCAUUCCAGCGAUUCCCGAGGGUCAGGAAUACGUGUCAAACCUGUUGCAGGGAAUUGCCUGGGUGCUUGCUCAAUCGAAGUGAAGAAGAUCGAAGGUCAUGCAGCAUGUAGGCGACUAGAUAUCGCAUGAAAUGAUCAUUGCAUAAGACCGCCUCGUUCAGCUUUGAGGAAGUCUGC